GUGUUUGUGUGUUACUUUGAAUCAGUGAGGGAGGGGGGAAAGUUUACAGUAAGCUGUCUGACUUUUUGGGGAGUUUCGUUUUGAGAUCUUUCGGUGCAUCACAAGCUACAAAAAGCCUCUGCAGGAUCCGAAGAAAGACCCUCAUACAUGCACAUACAGCCCAGACUCCAGUCUGUCCCCGUCUCUUGUCCACUCCGAGCUCUUCGCGUGCAGACUUCCCCUGUGCUCACUGUAACGUCCCUGGUAGUGAAAUGGAUGUAAUUCCGAUGUGCAGCAUUUUCCAGGAGCUUCAAAUAGUGCACGACACCGGAUUCUUUUCAGCGUUGCCGUCUCUGGAGGAGUACUGGCAGCAGACGUGCCUUGAGCUGGAACGGUACCUCCAGAGUGAGCCCUACGUCUCAGCCACAGACCUCAAGUUUGACAACCAGAAGGAUCUGUGGAGCAAGUUGAUGCUUGCUUGCGGGGACAAGUCCAGUGACCCCGACCCAAAGCUCCCACAUAUAAAAGAGGAAGAAGACAAUCAGGACGCCCAGCAUGUGGACGCUGGGGGCUUUAACUCCGACGCCAGCAGCGAGACCUCUGACAGCUCAGAAGAACUCUCCCCGACCCUUGACUUCACUUCCAGCUCUUUGACUGACAUCCUGGGUGAAGGUGGAGACGAGCUGGGGUCAGCCAUCAUCAGCACACCACCGUCCUCACCCGAGGUGGAAAAAGACAGCUCUGUAGCCCAGGUGUGGAGCGGAAUAAACACUGUGCUGCACUCGCCUGGGAAAACAAGGACAGUCGGAGGUAUGGAGAGGCCAGGGCUGACCAGCUGGGAGGCAUCCUCUGAUGGGAGGAGGCGGGUGCACAGGUGUCACUUCAACGGGUGCAGGAAGGUGUACACCAAGAGCUCACACCUCAAAGCACACCAACGUACACACACAGGAGAGAAGCCCUACAGGUGUUCAUGGGAGGGCUGUGAGUGGCGCUUUGCACGGAGUGACGAACUCACCCGACAUUUCAGGAAACACACUGGAGCAAAGCCUUUCAAAUGCAGUCACUGCGACAGGUGUUUCUCCCGUUCUGACCACCUGGCGCUGCACAUGAAGAGGCACAUCUAAUGUGGUCCUGUUGUGAAGAAGAGCUCUGAAGGGAUGAUGUCCUGUUGGGGAUCAGUGAGACCAGUGUGUCCUCCUACUGCUGACAGGAGCCCUGUUGUGUUCCAGGCAGCAGGAGGACGAGGAACAACACAGGCUUUUAUUUGCACCAUACUCAGUGCCUCCAACACCUUGUUGUACAGAUUGUUUUUGAAAGGGGGUUUAAUUAGAAGAGGGAGGGUUGGGAAGAAAGAAAGGAAUCAAAGUCCUUAUGAUGAAAAAAUGGUAAAAAUCUGGACUGGAAAAGAUGGGAAGAGGUUCUUUUUUCUGUAUGGUGUUUGACGAGUUCUCCUGGAGGAUUAAUGGCCUCCUGUUGGGAUGUGUGCCAUGCCUACCAAUAACAGUGUGUUUGCCUGUGUGUGUUGGAUCUGUGGUUGCCUGUGACUGUAUGCUUGUGCCAGCUUUUGUAGAGCUGAUGGGAUAGUGAGUGGAUGAACGAUGCAGAGAUGAUGUCAGGUUUACUUUUCACGUGGGGAUGACGUGUUGAAGCUUCCUUCGAAUGAAUGAAAGCAAAAAAACAAAAAAAAACAAAAAAAACCCCAACAAAAACCAAGGUUUGGUCUGUGUCCAGAGAGGGCCUGCUGUACAGGCAGGCGUACUUGUUUAGUAUGAUAGGGCGCCCCCCGAAACCUUGAGGUGGAAUAACAACUCCUAAAUCGUAAGCAGGAGUUUUUGUUAAGUGCAGCUAUUACUGUAAAUGUGCAAUGUAGAAAUGAGCUCGUCUAAAACCCCGCACACACCAAAUAGCUUAGGUUUCUCUUCAUGUUAAAAAUAAAAUUGAAACAAUCACUUUUUGCCAUUGUGGGACAUGGGUGUGUGUUUCUGCUGCUCAUUAGUUUGCUUUAUAUGACAAAAGAAUUCCUUUCAAGAGCAGCUACCUUCAAAUGAUGAUAGUAUUUUACAAAAAAAACAUAGCUCUUGAUAAUGUAUUGAUACGCUGGGGAUACCACUACUGCUUUACUGAGGGAUGUAGUUUAUUUUUUCUUCUAACCAGAAAUGCACUGUUGCCCCUUUGUGUCGGUGGCUUUGUCAUGUUAAAAAUG